AGGGCUAACCCACAGCAGGCGGGUUAGCUCGGGUGCAACCAGUUUCCAGCCGCUUGAAGAGAAGCCUGACAGCGCCAGAGGUGGCUCAGAUAGAGACCCGGGAAGGCUGCCUUUGAAGAAAGAAUGGCGUUUAGCAAAGGAUUUCGAAUCUUUCAGAAACUGGAUCCUACACCAUUCAGUCUCAUAGUGGAAACAAGACACAAGGAAGAAUGUCUUAUGUUUGAGUCUGGUGCUGUAGCAGUGCUCUCAUCUGCAGAAAAAGAGGCAAUCAAAGGCAUGUAUUCCAAAGUAAUGGAUGCAUAUGGACUCUUAGGUGUAUUGCGACUAAACCUUGGUGAUACAAUGGCUCAGUAUUUGAUUCUAGUCACAGGAUGCAUGUCUGUUGGAAAAAUCCAGGAAUCUGAAGUUUUUAGAGUUAUUUCCACUGAAUUUAUAUCCUUAAGAAUUGAUUCUUCAGAUGAAGAUCGCAUUUCAGAAGUUCGUAAAAUUUUGAAUUCAGGAAACUUUUAUUUUGCAUGGUCUGCAACUGGAUGUAGUUUGGAUUUGAGUCUUAAUGCCCAUCGAAGCAGUCAAGACCGCACAACUGAUGAUAGAUUUUUCUGGAAUCAGUCACUACACUUACAUCUCAAGCACUAUGGUGUGAAUUGUGAUGAUUGGUUAUUACGACUUAUGUGUGGAGGAGUUGAAAUUAGAACAAUUUAUGCUGCUCACAAACAAGCAAAAGCUUGCCUUAUUUCACGUCUAAGUUGUGAACGAGCCGGGACUAGGUUUAAUGUUCGGGGAACAAAUGAUGAUGGUCAUGUUGCUAAUUUUGUAGAAACAGAACAGGUUAUAUUUUUAGAUGAUGCUGUAUCUUCCUUCAUACAAAUCCGUGGAUCUGUACCAUUGUUUUGGGAGCAACCUGGUUUACAAGUGGGAUCUCAUCGUGUUCGAAUGUCAAGAGGAUUUGAAGCUAAUGCACCUGCUUUUGACAGGCACUUUAGAACACUUAAAAAUUUAUAUGGCAAACAAAUCAUUGUAAAUUUACUUGGGACUAAGGAAGGUGAAGAUAUGCUAAGUAAAGCUUUCCAGAGCCACUUGAAAGCUUCUGAACAUGCUGUUGAUGUCCAGAUGAUCAAUUUUGACUAUCAUCAAAUGGUUAAAGGAGGAAAAGUAGAGAAAUUACAUAGUGUGCUUAAACCUCAAGUCCAAAAAUUCUUAGACUCUGGGUUUUUUUAUUUCAAUGGAACUGAAGUUCAAAGAUCUCAGACUGGAACUAUUCGAACAAAUUGCUUGGAUUGUCUAGAUAGGACAAAUAGUGUGCAAGCUUUCUUUGGCUUAGAGAUGCUAGCUAAACAACUGGAAGCUUUGGGCUUAGCUGAAAAGCCUCAACUGGUGACUCGUUUCCAGGAAGUUUUUCGAUCAAUGUGGUCUGUGAAUGGAGACUCAAUCAGCAAAAUUUAUGCAGGCACUGGAGCUUUGGAAGGCAAGGCUAAGUCUGGAAAGUUAAAAGAUGGUGCUCGAUCUGUAACCAGAACAAUUCAGAACAAUUUCUUUGAUAGCUCCAAGCAAGAAGCCAUUGACAUUUUGCUGUUGGGGAGUACUUUAAAUAGUGAUUUGGCAGAUAAAGCCCGAGCACUACUAACUACUGGAGGUUUACGAGUUUCUGAGCAGACAUUGCAGUCAGCUUCUUCAAAGGUACUAAAAAGUAUGUGUGAGAAUUUCUAUAAAUACUCAAAGCCAAAAAAAAUUCGAGUAUGUACUGGAACGUGGAAUGUGAAUGGUGGAAAACAGUUUCGAAGCAUUGCAUUUAAGAAUCAAACACUUACUGAUUGGCUACUAGAUGCCCCAAAAUUUGCCGGUGUCCAAGAAUUUCAAGAUCGAAGAAAUAAGCCUAUCGACAUAUUUGCAAUUGGUUUUGAAGAAAUGGUAGAAUUAAGUGCUGGAAACAUUGUGAGUACCAGUACAACUAAUCAGAAAUUGUGGGCUGUUGAACUGCAGAAGACUAUCUCCAGAGAUAAAAAAUACGUGUUGCUGGCUUCUGAGCAAUUAGUUGGUGUCUGUCUCUUCGUUUUUAUCAGACCCCAGCAUGCUCCUUUUAUCAGGGAUGUUGGAGUUGAUACUGUGAAGACUGGAAUGGGAGGUGCUACUGGAAAUAAAGGAGCAGUUGCAAUACGGAUGUUAUUCCACACAACAAGCCUUUGCUUUGUCUGCAGUCACUUUGCUGCAGGGCAGUCUCAAGUCAAAGAAAGGAAUGAUGAUUUUGUAGAAAUAGCCCGAAAACUGAGUUUUCCUAUGGGGAGGAUGCUGUUUUCACAUGACUAUAUAUUUUGGUGUGGUGAUUUUAAUUAUCGUAUAGAUCUACCAAAUGAAGAAGUUAAAGAACUAAUAAGGCAACAGAACUGGGAUUCACUUAUAGCAGGAGAUCAACUUAUCAAUCAGAAAAAUUCUGGACAGAUCUUUAGAGGAUUUUUAGAAGGAAAAAUAACUUUUGCUCCUACAUACAAGUAUGAUUUGUUUUCUGAUGACUACGAUACCAGCGAAAAAUGUCGUACCCCAGCCUGGACAGAUCGUAUUCUUUGGAGAAGAAGGAAAUGGCCUUUUGAUAGAUCAGCUGAAGAUUUGGAUCUUCUGAAUGCUAGUUUUCAAGAUGAAAGCAAAGUCCUUUACACUUGGAAUCCUGGUACUUUGCUACAUUAUGGAAGAGCUGAGCUGAAGACUUCUGAUCACAGACCUGUUGUUGCACUAAUAGAUAUAGACAUAUUUGAAGUGGAUGCUGAAGCACGACAGAAUAUUUAUAAGGAAGUCAUUGCAACCCAAGGACCAUCAGAUGGCACAAUAUUGGUCUCCAUCAAAAGCUCAUUACCAGAAAAUUAUUUUUUUGAUGAUAUCUUGAUUGAUGAGCUUCUCCAGCAAUUUGCAAACUAUGGUGAAGUUAUCCUCAUAAGGUUUGUAGAAGACAAAAUGUGGGUAACGUUUUUGGAAGGAAGUUCUGCUCUGAGUGUCCUGAGCCUCAAUGGUAAAGAGGUUUUAGAUCGAAUCAUAACUAUUACCUUAAAAAACCCAAACUGGAUUGCUGACUUGGAAAAAGAAAUGAAUUUGGAGAAAAUUAGCAUUACAUUGCCAACAUCAGCAAGCUCAACUUUGCUUGGUGAAGAUGCAGAAGUUGCUGAAGAUUUUGUCAUGGAAGGUGAUGUUGAUGACUACAGUACAGAAGUGGAAGAAAUUCUUCCUCAGCAUCUACAACCAGCUUCAAGCUCUGGUCUUGGAACCUCCCCAAGCUGUUCCCCUCGAUCCAGCCCCUGCCAGUCCCCUACGAUAGCUGAUGCUCCUCCACCUCCCCUUCCUGCCAGACCAAGCCGAGGUCCAUCAAAGGUUUCUGGGCCUCCUGGGCCUUCUGUUCCUUCACAAAGCUCUCCUGUUGAGACUCAACCAGUAGUAGCACAGAAAGAAGCUGUCCAAAGCCUGGAGCCUAAACGCCCUCCGCCUCCUCGUCCAGUUGCCCCACCUACACGUCCAGCUCCACCACAAAGACCACCCCCUCCUUCAGGGAGUAGGAGUCCUGCACCUUCUAGAAAGGAAUUUGGAGGUCUUGGAGGUCCUCCCAGCCCUGGGGUAGCUAGGCAAGAGAUGGAAGCACCCAAAAGCCCUGGAACAACACGAAAAGAUGUUUUAGGACGUAAUCAGCCCUCACCUCAAGGAGGACCAACAAGCCCAGGAAUUGUUGGGUACAAUGCAGCAAAGCCGAUUAUCCCACCACGUGCUGGAGUAAUUAGUGCACCACAAAGCCUUGCCCGUGUUUCUGCUGGGAAGCUCACUGCUGAAAUCCAAAGUAAAGCAACUGAAUUACCAAAAGGUUCAGCUUUACUUCCUGAACCACUAAAGCCUCAGACUGUCACUCCUGCUCUGCCCUCCUUUACUCUACCUGUUCAAAAGCUUCAGGAGCCUCUUAUUCCUAUAACAUCAACUAUGCCUCAACCCACUUCUCAACAAAAUCUUGAAGCACCACCACAGCCACCGCCACGUAGCAGAUCAUCCCACAGUUUGACUCCUGAAUCUGCUUUGCAUCAACAACAAAUAAAAACAGAUGAAGAGUAUAUUAAGUAUCAGACACCAUUAAACAGUGACCUUUCAUUUAAUCUAUUUGCUCCAUCAAAGUCUCAGAUGUGUAGUCAAACAUUACCAGUUCUACCUUCCACAUCACAAAGCUUUACAUAUUUCUCGGAUACUGAAAAUUUUAUGCCAGAAAUGCCACCUGUCCCAGCUCGGAGCAAAUCCCAGGAAAAUAGAAAAAAUUCCUCAAACCCUUUUGAUACUGACUUAAAGAAAACAAAUCCUUUUACUGAUAGAACUUAUCUUGGAAAUCCAUUUAGUUCUGACUCUCAAGAAUCUCAGAUAAUUUCGUGUCUCUCUCGAAAAGAACCUGAUAACAGUCCUUCCGCCUCUUCAUAUGUUCUCAGUCGUAAUGUAAGCAAGACUUCGUUUCCUGAGGAUGGAUUUGAGGACAGUUUUGAUUUGCAGAGCACAUCUUCAGCAGUGAAAAGUCUCAAACCAAAAGACUGGGUAACUUUUGAGGAGGAUAAUUUCAGUGUAAAACAGAAAUCACAGGACAGUGCAACAGAAUUGAAUAGAGCAAUUUCAUCUGGUUGUUCACACUUAGUAGACACUCGGUCAACUUCAUUUCAUGACUCAGACUUGUCCUUGGACUGGAAUAAAAAUUCAACUGUUCCUUUUUGUAUGUUGCCAUUAAGAAGACCACCUAAGCCUCCUGCCCCAGUAGUAACGCCUAGCCCUCCAGCUCCUAUAGAUCCUUUCACCCCUUUGGCAUCUAAGACUUCAUCAGCCAUAGAUUUACAGAAAGAUAAUGUUAAGAGAUGAAAGGUCUUUUGGGCAAGAUAUAUUCCCAAAAUUGGGCAUUAAAGUUACACUAUGUGCAAUAAUUAAGUGCACUGAUAUCUUCAUGAAAUACCACUAUUUAAUGUGUACAAGUUUGAAUAUGUAUAUUUUGGGAAUACACAAAGAUAAUUUUUAUGGUAAAGUUGUUUGUUUAUUGGGAUAGGUAGCCAAAAAUAAUUAGUUUGUAAUCCCAAUUUAAAAAUGCUUAAAGCUGCUUUUAGGAAUACUACUUAUUCUUCAAAUUAUCUCUUAUUCUCCCCGUCAAAAGAAUAUGAAAAAAAAAUGAUAAUUUUCACCUGACAUAGUCAUAAACCCUUUCAUACAGAUUAGAAACUGGUAUUUAUAAAUAUUUACCAAAGAACUGCCAAAAGUAUACUGAAAAAACAUUUGACAGGUAUUUUUUUUUAAUUAUAUAACAAAUUAUUUGCAUUAUUUGUUAAACUCCUUUUAUUUAUAUGGCAUAGAUUCAAGGCAGAUUUUAAUUAUCUUCAAUGCCCUUUUGUGUCUAUUGUUAUAGAAUGAAGAAGAUUGUAACUAUAACUGAGACACUUUAUAUUUCAUUUCAGUUAUGUGGAAUAUUUUCAUUUCCUGCUUCUUAAGCUUUCCUUCCCCAAAUUGGGAGAGAAAAAAAAAAACACAUUAAAGAACUCAUUUUUUUUCUGCCCUUAAGUUAUUGGUUUCUCUUCAGCACCUCAGUGGAACCAGAAGUUCCCUGCCAUGGGUAGUUACCCAGACUACUUUGAAAAUCUUGUGGUUCUUUGAAAACAUCUGGAAAGAUAAUUGUUGCAUAAUUUACUUAAUAGCAUUUUAACUCCUGGUCUUAAAUAUGAGUCUCUCCUUGCUUUUGGUUAAGGCACAUUUUACCCCACACCUAUUCUCACUGCUGUAUUUGCUAAUUUAGUUAUAAAACAUCGCUUCCACCAGACAAAGCAGAAGACCUCACUGCUGAUGAAGCUCUUUUGAAUGGAGGAUGUAAUCCAGUACUACUUUAUCCCAUUAAGAGGCUACUAAUGUGAAGCCCCAAAUCAGCUGUGGAUUUUAUCUCCUGCUGUGCACUGCCAUUAUGCAAUUGAUCUUGCUUCCAUUCUUUUAUCAAGAAAUGAAUGUGCAAAAUUUAUACAAAAUGUGGUAUUUUGAUAACAUUGAGUAAACUCAAGCAGAAAAUUGCUUUCGUAAUACUUCUGUUGCAAAUAUAAAGUGAUCUUUUACCUUAUUAAAAUGUCUCUCCAAUACGCUUUUUAAAAUAAGUAUAGUUUAUAAAGAAUUACCUUUUUUUUGCUGUCAGUUUAUUUAUUUAAAGAUGUGCAUUCGUCAAGGAAAAGAAAGUAAGACUCACUUUUAUUGGUAUAAUUUCAGAGUUUGAUCAUAGGCAGAAAUAAGAUAAAAAGCAGAGAUGAUUGUGUCACUUAUGGGAAACAUUAUGUAAAAGACAUCUAAAUUCAUAAAUGUUAUCAAAAUACUAUAUUUGUAAAAUUAAUUCACACUUCUCUUAGCAGCCAAGAUCUGCAGUUAAAUAGAAAAGAAACCCUAGUGGAUUUUAUAUUGUGCUUUUUGUUGUUGUUGUUGUUCUUAUCUGAACAAUAGUAUUUGUACAUUUUCAACAGCAGUAUUACUAUAAGCAGUGUGCUUCAAAAUGUGAAUUAACUUGUUAAAAUUGUGGCUGCUAAUAUCUGUGUAAUGAUCCGUAUUCAGAUAUGCUCUAUAUUAGCAAGACAAUUCUUUGAACUUUGCUAGUGCAAAUUGAAAUUCUGUAAGCAGUGCUUCCUGUUGGAUAUCUAAUGAUAAAGUGCAGUCUAAAGUGUACAUGCAGCUCAUCAUUUAACAAGAUAAUCAAGUUUGCAGAUUACUAAAAAUUCAGAGUUUAUUGGAUUUAAAAGGUAUGCUGCAAGUAGCUAAAAUAGUAUGAUGUGUAUUAGUAAAAUAACUAGCAUUUCUUUAAAAAAAAAAAUACUAAAUUGAAACAAACACUAAACUUUUCACUAAUUCUUUGUCCUUUGUGGUAAGUUGCUAUUUAUAUGUAACAAUGUUAUUGCUUAUGUGGCACACUAUUUAUAACUAUACACUUUACAAAACUAUCAUAUUAAAAUGCAGUGGUAUGUGACAUUCUGUACAUAUCCUGUGAAAUGUGGCAUCUUAAUUAAAAAUACCUGUCUUUAC